GUCUCAACUCUCAACCCAAAAUCAAACAAAAUAUCCAGCAAAACAAAAACUUUCUCUCUCACUGUCUCACACACACAAUCUCACCUUCGUCAAGCUUUUGCGAGAUGGGUGCGAUAAACCAAGGAAUAAGCUUGUUUGAUGAAUCACAAACCGUCAUAAACCCUAUUAAUACCAACCAUCUAGGUUUCUUCUUCUCUUUCCCUAGUCACAGCACCUUAUCUUCAUCAUCUUCGUCGUCUUCGUCUUCUCCUUCUUCUCUUGUGUCUCCAUUUCUUGGUCAUAACUCCCUAAACUCCUUCCUUCAUAAUAACCCGUCUUCAUUCAUAAGUCAUCCUCAAGAUUCCAUCAAUCUCAUGACCAAUCUCCCCGAAACCCUAAUCUCGUCUUUGUCCUCAUCAAAGCAAAGGGACGAUCAUGAUGGUUUUCUUAAUCUCGAUCAUCAUCGUCUUACCGGUAGUAUUUCAUCCCAAAGACCCCUGUCAAAUCCAUGGGCAUGGAGUUGUCAAGCGGGAUACGGAAGCAGCCAGAAAAACAACCAUGGAAGCGAGAUUGAUGUUGAUGAUAAUGAUGAUGAGGUUGGCGAUGGUGGUGGCAUUAAUGAUGAUGAUAAUGGUCGUCAUCAUCAUCAUGAUACUCCCAGUCGUCAUGAUAAACAUAACACAGCGUCAUUAGGCGUAGUUUCUUCUCUGAAGAUGAAGAAGCUUAAGACAAGAAGAAAAGUGAGGGAACCUCGGUUUUGCUUUAAGACACUUAGCGAGGUUGAUGUCUUAGAUGAUGGAUAUAGAUGGAGAAAGUAUGGCCAGAAAGUUGUCAAAAACACCCAACAUCCCAGGAGCUAUUACAGAUGCACACAAGACAAGUGUAGAGUGAAGAAGAGAGUGGAGAGAUUAGCAGAUGACCCAAGAAUGGUAAUCACUACUUACGAAGGAAGACACCUUCACUCUCCUUCUAAUCAUCUCGACGACGACUCUCUCUCCACCUCUCACCUGCACCCUCCUCUCUCCAACUUCUUCUGGUGAUUUCAAUUUGUAUUUCCAUUGAAUCAACCAAUAUCAAAAAUCAAUCAACCUUGCCUUGCCUCAAACUAAUUAUCGUAUUAUAUAUUAAUCAUCAACACCUAGCUCGAUAAAAAAAAAGUUACACAUAUAUAACAUGUUCUCGUUAGGAAACAGGUAUGAUCGAUGUUUUUAUAUUUGUAAUGUGGACGAUGUCACCGUGGUUUGUUUGUGUUUGUAAGAUGAUUAAUGUACCAUUUCCAAAUUGAGGACUAUAUAAUAUAUAGUUGAAUUGAUUUUAUAGUUACUCUGUUGGUUGGUUUGUGUGACAUUAUUUGGUAUAUAAAUGUAGUCC